AUGGAUUGUGUUACUCACUCGGCACAUAUCACUUGGACUAUCACCAACUUCCAUAACCGCACUGGCCUGCUAGUCUCUCCUCCAUUUGGCCCAUCAGACUGUCAAUGGGAACUAAACUUGUAUCCACAAGGAAAUGGGUUUUCUCGAGGUUCUCAUAUUGGAUUGUUUUUAAAAGUCAUCAAGUCUUCAUUAGAACUACAGUCUGACUCUUCUUUGCAGAAAUGGUCCAGACCCAUUUUAUACUUUCAUUUGGCCAUCUGUGAUGGCAACAGUGGCAGAAAUGCUAUCAUCAAGGAACGCAAUGCUCAAGGCUCUCAAGGCUUUGGAUUUGGCUUCUCACAUCCAGUGUCUUGGGGAUGGGAUACAAUGUUGCCUGUAACAGCUUUGGAUCGUUUACUUACUGCUGAAGGCGAGAUGGUUGUAGCUGCUAGUGUCAGUUGGAAGCAGAAAACAGACUCGAUGAUGACUGGCCAUUCCACUCUUGGCAGCGACAGUAGUGUGCAUGACUGCUAUCAAUUGCUGUUCAACGACUGGCUAUCAGAUCUGCAGCUUGUAAUCGACUACUGUGAUCCUGUGCUUCAACCAUCAGACACUGGUUCCAAACGAUCCGCCGGUACUCUUAGAUCCACCACUGACAGUGAAAAAGACGGCAGUCUUGAAUUGCCUCAGUCAUCGCAUGCAGAAUCCAAUCCAACUUUGCACACAGUGAUUCCUGCACAUCGAGCUAUUCUUGCAUCUCGUAGUACUUACUUUUGUACAAUGUUACAGUCUGGCUUUGCAGAGAGCAGUCAGAGCAACGACUCUGGAGAUCUUUCCGUCAUUCACAUUACUCAAUUUACCCCUCAAGAAAUUCGUGCCAUGCUCGAGUUUAUAUAUACCGGAAACCUUAUUACUCCUCCAACAGACUUUGCACAGCGUACUCGCUUGCUUCAUACUGCCGACUACUAUCAACUUGCUAAUCUUUACGUGUACACUAGCAGACUCAUAGUGGAUUUGGAUAUAAAUUUAAACUCUAUUUUCACAGUUUUAGAAAUUGCUCACAAGUACUCGUCUGUUUCAGUGUAUCUGAAAUCUUGCUGCAUGACAUACAUUCAUGAACAUUUGAAAGAUUUGAAAAAACUGCAGUCAUUUAAGGAAUGGAUUCAAACUACUGAUAGUCGAGAUUUGAUUGUUGAGCUAUUUUCGGUUCUAUAAUGCAGAGUUUUAUGCAUCGAUCGUCUACAUGUACUUUAUUCCGGUCUGUAUCUACACGGUUUGGUCUAUUCAUUGAUUGUAUUGUAUCUUUACCUCGAGACUGUUCAAAAAACAAUGUAUACCUGGACUAUUAUGGUCAUCCAAUCCAUGUCUACAGUUUUGUAUACAUGACAGAAAUCAGCUUUGUCUUGGGUAAAUGACUAGCUGAAUUCAUUCCAAGACAAAACUUCAAUAAAUACUUGGCAUGUUAAUGUGA